UAUGUUCAGACAAACAGUGAAAGUCUAACGUUUCAGUUCUCUUUUUUCGCCCCCUUUUUUUUGUAAAAAAUGUCUGAGCAAAAUUUUAUGUACUAAGUUCCGCGCCAAGUAGUCAAAAAUUGAGCUCGUUGCGCAAAAUCCAUCAUACGCACUAAUUGGACACGGACACGGACCUUGGACCGCGGCAAUCCAUCAUCUGUUCCAUCUGCUCAAAAGUAUUUGUUCAUCUGCCAUCGAAAUCAUGCCCCAACAUGAGACGCAACCAUAUACCUUGUCCGAAGCAACAGCCAUUAGGCUAUUCAAUAGCGUAGUGGCCAGCAGAGCCACUCCACCACCGCCACCAUCCACAUCAUUGGAAGCUGCAGCGGAAGCAGAGCCAUCUUCUGUGCAGGCAUUGGCGGAUACAGACGGCGGAGUAGAUUGCAGUGGCACUGCUGUUAUUCGACCACUGCCAUUCAUUUUGCCCUCGUUGCAGGAGAGCAUACAUUCGGCCAAUGAGUUGGGGAACUCGUGUCGUAUCUGUCGGUGGAAUCGUAGCGAUAUGGAGAUCAUCAAUUGUCCCUGCAAGUGCAAAGGCAGUGUGGGGUUUGUACAUCUGAAAUGCUUGAAACGCUGGAUUAUGCAUCGCCGGGACAAUCGUUGUGAAAUUUGCCAUGCUACCUUUGACUUGAUCGAGGAUCAUGCGAGUCUGAAGCAAAUGAUGCGCACCUUCUGUUGCAGCCGUUGUUGUGGCCUAAUUGUCAAGCAUAUGCUAUUUAGUGCCUCUCUUGUGCCAUUGGCCAACAACAUUUUGCAGCAGGUGCUGCUGUGCAUGGAUAAUCUGAACCAGGGCUGCACUGAGCAGCUAACUGUCCAGGAGGUAUUUGUGGCAUCGUGCGCUUUGCUGACAUCAAGUGCAUUAUUCUUUCAUUUCUUCGAAUUUGUGACGACGCGAUGUUUGCUGAUACGAAAUAUACUGCGGCACUGGUGGAUGUUUGGCAGUACGAGCGAUUUUGCAUUGAUCGAGAUUGAUGACGAUUCGGUUGAUUUGUUUUAAAACAAACUCGUCAUCAUCAUUGACAAAAACUUACAGCAACCAGAAAUAGAAAUUAAAUACAGAGCAAUUUGAUUGGAUAUUCAUUUUAACAGUCAUUUCAAAUCAUCCCAAAACAAAUAAAUUAUAUAGUUGUAUAGCAUA